AUGAAUCGAUCUCCAACACCCGAGCGUUCGCGGAACAGGUUGGCUCUUACUGGAACGUUGCUUCCCAUAGAGUUCUUCGAUCUCACGGGUUCUCCCCCACCCAAGGCCUACUUAAGAGCGAAGCCCAAAGCUAAGUGGGAAAUAUUAAAGGCUGAAAGGCUUGAGAAAGAAGCCUUGGCGCUGUUAACCCUGGAACAGAGGGCCAAGUUCGACGAGGACGAAGCUCUUAUCCGGCGGGACAGGGAGGCGCUGAACUCUCUACGAGCAGAGGUUCGCGCAGCAAAAAAGAGGAAGCGGGACGCGGUGGAAGAGGUUAAGAUACGCCUGGUAGAAAAAGAAGCUAAGGACAAACACGAGGCGUACGAACUCUCAAAGCGUCGUAGGAUUGAACCUCCUGUUGUUCAGGAUAACACGGCAGCCCAGGACACGGGUCCGUAUGUAACGCCAAUCGGAGACCCUAUUCUGCCAGGAGACUUCCUCCACCAGUUGCAGACGGCAAUCGCUGAAGGGAAAUUUGCGAUACCGGGUACGUCGAGUAAUCCGGUAACCUCAGAGAUACUGGCAGUGCUUGCAAAGCACUCGAGCCCAGUAGAUCAGCCUAUGCCAUUGGCUUUGACGAGCCAGACAGAGACACCGACGCCAACGGCCUCGACAAGCCAGGCUCGAACUCCAAAAGCGGCUCCUAAGCGUACGGCGGUUAGUAAGAGUAAGGCGGCAGCUUCGAAAGAGGUGAACGUCGAGUCUCUGAAAACUCCGGCACUGCUGAGUCCAAUAUCACCCAAUCCAUCGAAGAGCAAAGCGAUAGCCAGGCCGAAGCCCGCGGCAAAAGACGCGCCCACCGUCAAAAGCAUGCCCGACAAAGAGUUGAAGUUGAUUCUUCAAAGGUUUGACGAGGGGAAUCCCGGUGUAACGCUGGUGAAACUCCCGAAGUCCCGGCGAAAGUCAGCCAUCAACCCUCCCUCAAAGGAGUUGGUUGAAGCGGCGGCAAAACCGACGGCGAGACGUAAUAGCCUCAGAUCGACUAAAGAUACUGAGCCAGGCAAGGGGAAGACUCCCAUAACCGAGCCUGUAAACUUAUAA